GCACAAGUGUUUCUGUUUUGUGUUGUAGCAUUUGUUCUGGAAGCCUGUAUUUACAUUUUAAGUAUAUCUGGUGAGUGGGUUGGAGCCCUUGUCUGGGCCGGGGCGAGGAAGAUAGGGGGGAAAGCCCUCGGGUUCGUCUUUUAGUUGCUCUUCUUCCUUUUUCUCUCCGGAUUCUCAUCACUCCAACCAGCGCGACCAUGCCCAGGAAGAAGGCGGCGGCGGCCUGGGAGGAGCCGAGCUCGGGCAACGGCACGGCUCGCGCCGGGCCCAGGAAGCGCGGCGGCCCGGCCGGCAGGAAGCGCGAGCGGCCCGAGCGCUGCAGCAGCAGCAGCGGCGGCGGCAGCAGCGGCGACGAGGACGGCCUGGAGCUCGACGGGGCACCUGGUGGGGGCAAGCGCGCGGCGCGGCCGGCGGCGACCAAAGCGGGCGGCGCGGCGGUGGUCAUCACCGAGCCCGAGCACACCAAGGAGCGCGUCAAACUUGAAGGGUCUAAGUGCAAAGGGCAGCUUUUGAUUUUUGGGGCAACCAACUGGGACUUGAUUGGUCGAAAAGAAGUGCCUAAGCAACAAGCUGCCUACCGCAAUCUGGGCCAGAAUUUGUGGGGGCCCCACAGAUAUGGGUGCCUGUCAGGGGUCCGGGUGCGGACGGUGGUUUCAGGGUCGUGCGCUGCCCACAGCCUCCUCAUCACCACGGAAGGGAAGCUGUGGAGCUGGGGGCGGAAUGAGAAGGGGCAGCUGGGACAUGGCGACACCAAGAGAGUUGAAGCCCCCAGACUCAUCGAGGGUCUCAGCCACGAAGUGAUUGUGUCAGCGGCCUGUGGGCGGAACCACACCCUGGCCUUGACCGAAACGGGCUCCGUGUUUGCGUUUGGAGAGAACAAGAUGGGGCAGCUGGGCCUGGGCAACCAGACGGACGCCGUCCCGAGCCCCGCACAGAUAAUGUACAACGGCCAGCCAAUCACCAAGAUGGCCUGUGGGGCUGAAUUCAGUAUGAUAAUGGAUUGCAAAGGAAACCUCUAUUCCUUUGGGUGUCCUGAAUAUGGUCAGCUGGGACACAACUCGGAUGGGAAAUUCAUCGCCCGGGCGCAGCGGAUAGAGUACGACUGUGAGCUGGUGCCCCGGCGAGUGGCCAUCUUCAUCGAGAAGACGAAAGACGGGCAGAUCCUGCCCGUCCCCAACGUGGUUGUCCGAGAUGUGGCCUGUGGCGCGAACCACACGCUGGUCCUAGACUCCCAGAAGCGCGUCUUCUCCUGGGGCUUCGGUGGCUACGGCCGGCUGGGCCACGCCGAGCAGAAGGAUGAGAUGGUGCCCCGCCUGGUGAAGCUGUUCGACUUGCCUGGGCGCGGGGCGUCCCAGAUCUACGCCGGCUACACCUGCUCCUUCGCCGUCAGUGAAGUGGGUGGUCUGUUUUUCUGGGGGGCCACCAACACGUCCCGUGAGUCCACAAUGUAUCCGAAGGCCGUGCAGGACCUUUGUGGCUGGAGAAUCCGGAGCCUGGCUUGUGGGAAGAGCAGCAUCAUCGUGGCCGCGGACGAGAGCACGAUCAGCUGGGGCCCGUCGCCGACCUUCGGGGAGCUGGGCUACGGGGACCACAAGCCCAAGUCUUCCACAGCAGCCCAGGAGGUGAAGACGCUGGACGGCAUUUUCACAGAGCAGGUUGCCAUGGGCUACUCGCACUCCUUGGUGAUAGCGAGAGACGAAAGCGAGACCGAGAAGGAGAAGAUCAAGAAACUGCCCGAGUAUAACCCCCGCACCCUCUGACCGUCCCGAGUCUCGCUCCUCCCCUCGCGGCAGCUGUCAUUUCCACGAGCACUGGGACCGGAAGUCAGACGAGGAAUUGAACAAGCAGAAGUUGA